AUGGCGGGGGGACUGUCGCUGCGCGAGCAGCAUGUGGAUGUCUCAGUUGACUUCGCGACGCGCUCGGUUUUAGGCUUUUCAUCCCUUUCUCUCGAGAUCAGUGGAAGCCUUAUUGCAGCAGCAGCUGCUGCUGCAGAUGCGUUUGCUGCAGCGGCAGGCGCUGCUGCCGAUCCUUCCGAUCCUGCCCCCUCAGAGAAUUCGGAAGGGCCUCUUAACGGAGAUACCCUUGUGCCAUUCGCCAUACCCCUCCACUUGCCGCCUUGCUGCAGCAUCAUUGCCUGCUGGAUAGAAAAGACGCCUGCCUUCUUCCGUCUUGGGCACGAUGGACCGCAUCAGCAGGAAGAAGAGGAGCCAUCAGAGAAGCAGCGAGCACAGAAUCCGCAGCAGGAGAAGGAUACCUCUCAGCCCUUCCCGCAAGAAGAAGAUCAACAACGACAACCACAACUACAACAAGAACGACACCCUGCAUGCAUCCGGCUGGAUCUCUUGGCGUGGCGAGAGGCUCUCAAGAAGCUGAAGGUGUCUAUUUCCUUCGUGUUGUCUGGCCUCGUGCCGCAGUGUGGCAGCAGCUUGUUCUUCGCAGAGGAGUCGUACAGAGACAGCCAGGGCUAUCUGCGUCGACAGCUGUUGCUGCAAACGCUGCAAGGCGCUGCAGUAUGUCCUCCCUGGUUUCCCACGCUGCCUCAGAGAGCUUACGGAGGCACAGGAGGCGCUGCAUGCAAUGUUUCGGAGACGAUUGCCUCGUCUCAGGCUUCGCCAGCUGAAUCCGCGCUUAACUGCAACUGGAAAACGGUGGUAGACGUUCCCGAGGGGUGUUGCGCCGUCAUGCCAGGAGUGCUCACACGUCGUUUCUCCGCGGCAGCUUCCAAGCUAAGGCCUUUGUCUGCUGCUGCUGCAGAAGCAGCAGCAGCAGCAGCAGCAGCAGCAGCAGCAGGUCCAGAUGCAGACGAGCAGAAGAAGGAGAACGGCGUCGCUGAUGUUGCUGCUCCUUCUGCCGCUGCGAGGAGCAAGCCGACGUCGCAGAGCUACUGCGUGGACUGUGUGGAGGGAGCGGCUCACGGCUGCUGCUGCGCUUUCGGCAGAAACCAGCCUCUGCAUUUGAUGCUUCGCCAUCCCCUCCAGUGGCAGCAGCAGCUACCGCUGGAUAGCAUUUGGGGGUGCCUUCUUCCGCAGGCAGAGCAGCAACAGCUGCAGAAGGACGCGCAGACGCAGAUCAAGCGUGGAAAACAGGCAGAGCAAAACGAUCUCUCGAACAAAGAAAAGCAGGAGGAGGAGCGCCUCGCGCAAGACGCAUGCAUCAUGCGCGAAGUGUUUGUUUUCGAGGCUCUAAGUAGCCAACGCAAAGCCGGACGGACAGGAGGCAAACCUGCUGCAGCUGCUGCUGCUGCUUUCGCUGUUGCUACACAGCAGCACCUGCAGCAGCAGCAGCAGCAGCAGCAGCACCACGGAUCGACUGCAGCUUCCUGUGUGAACGGCACGAACCUCGGCGGCUGUGCUGACGCCUGUGGAAGCAGAGAGGCUUCUGCAGUCGCAGCCCAAGCAGCCGACGUAGCGAGUCGGUCGGUGCUCACCUGGUUGCUGCCGCAUCAUCUGCUGCUCUUCGCGGGAGAGUUUGCGGCAGUUAGCGGAAACUCUGGACCAUAUGCCGUCACCGUUGAAAGCAUCAACAGUCCUCGCAGGAAAGUCAGUCGCCAGUGCGUUUCGCGCAUUUUCCAAAUAGCGCUGCGUUCAAAAAGUUCGCUGGUUUGCGCUGCAGAGGCUUCCCAAGGAGUCGCCUCUGCGCCGAUCGUAUCGCUUCUCACUCUCAAGGGACUGGAGGAGUGUCUAAGACCAACAACUGCAGCACUUGCGGAAUGUUUGCGCGUCUUUGGCAAUGCAUUUGGCACCUCCCCUCCUUUCGGAUGUCUUUGCCUCCUUUUCUACCCUUUACGCCUCGCUGCUUCCCCGCAUUGGAGUUUCCACUCCUCUUCUGCAGUCAGCGCUGCGUUUCAUGCAAUGUCCAAUGAUGCCUCUGCCGCUGGAUUGCGGGAGCUGACGGAAGACGCCAAUGCGGACUGUGCGAUCGCGGCAGAAGUCAAUCACGCGACGGUACAAGAGUACUUGGUCAGCGGUAAUCUGGCAGUGUUGCCUCUCGACUGUCUACACAGCGUGUCGGAGUCUGGUGUCAUGGGAGUUGGCUAUGCGGCGCGAGCGCUGAUUGCUGAGGCAAUCGCGCACCUGUGGCUAGAGGCCUUUCUCCCCUUAAACAGACUAACGGACGAGAAGGACCUCCUGGGGUGUCUCUACAUUGCGACGCUUAUUCGGAAGCUCCUCGUGGAUGCCUUUAUCCAGGCAAACUUCGGCUUAGUUGAGCUUCGAGUUCGACGAUGGGAAAGGCUGCAACGCUACGCAAACCUCUGUGAAUUAGGCCUGGAAGAGUUUCCAAUCGACCCCGUGGGAGCUCUUGCCAGCAGUGCUGGCAGCGCUGGCGGGAGGUGCCAGCAGCAGCAGCAAACGCAGCAGCAGCAGCAAACGCAGCAGCAGCAGCAAACUCAGCAGCAGCAGCAACUGCAGCAGGCGCUGCCUCCAGUGGAGUGUCUGGUGUACAGCGAGAUCUUUCAUCUCAAAUGCUAUGUGGUGCUACAUGCACUCGAAGCCCUAUUGGCUUCCCAGUCUUUCUUACCCGACAACUUCCUGCGAACAUUCUGCUUCACCGAUUUCCUCGCAAAGUUCAAUCGAAGAAGAGACCCUCCCCAUAGCGAGCGCUUCUGGAAGCGGGUGCGAUGUGUGGGUGCAGUUGAUGCGUCUAUCUCUGAGCAUGAGGCUCUGACGCAGCUCGAGGAGGGUUUGCAGCUUUUCAAAAGCGCCUUCGUUUGUGGAACGGGGUGCCCUCAGCUUUCGCUGUCCUUUGUGCUGCAACUGCAACGCAAAGGAUCCGCAAUGGAUCUCUUUGCCUUCGAGCUGGAUCUCCUCGCGCUCCAGCCACCACCUCCCCUAACAGAACCUCUGCAACCCCACAGACAGCAGCAACAGCAACAAGAGCAACAAGCGCAACAAGCGCAACAGCAAACGAAUUCCCCUGAAGCACCACAAACAGACAAGGCUGGCAUUUCCCUCUUCUACCCAGCAGACCUGGGAGGACUUGGCGCGUUCAACCUGUGGCAGGCUCAGGAGAUGGCGAGCAGCGAUCGAGGAGAAUUGUCUCUUCGCAUGGCAGCUGGCAGUCCCCUCCACCCCGCUGUCUCUUCAUGGGAAGCCCUCCUUGGAUUGCACGAUCCGGUAGACGUUGUGGGGAGAGACGGAAACUUCAUCUUAGGGUUUGGCUACGUUGGCGAUAUCCCUGCUCCCCUUAAUGCUGGCAGGGGGCCCCUUUGGCAGGCUUUGCAAGAAGCUAAAAAGCGUUGCAUGCAAAAGCAGCAGCAGCAGCAGCAGCAGAUGUCGGAAGAAGAUCCCAACGAUCAGGCAGGCGAUGCAUUCGCCGCAGUUUGCGUCGAUAACGAACGCGCUCCUCCUUCAGUGCCGGUUGCGACAACGGGGGGCCUUCCCAUGUGGUCUCGGUUGUUGCAGCAGAGAGAUUUUCUUUUGCGAUUGCGAGCAUCCAGCGGCAGAGCGCCUUGGAAUCGCAGUGUUGGGGUGUAUGUACAUUCUGUGCCCCCCGCGGCUAUCCCCGUUUCGUUUGUUGGCGAGCUCUUUCCCGAAGCUGCAGAAGGGCUAGGACCUGGCAGCGCUUUCAGCAGCGGUGUUAGCAGCGAGGAUGCGUGUUGCUGUCGCAUGCUCGAAGACGGUGUGCUGCAGUACACUGGCAUGCGGAUAGCGCCUCCCUCUGCACCUGUGCAGCAACAGCUGCUGUCUCUACAGCAGCCUUCUGCGUACUUGUGUUUGUCCUCCGGGAAAAAAGUCGCGAUGAAAGGUGACAGAAUGCUGCACGGUCCCAACAGCAGCAAAGUCCUCAUGAAGGCAGCAGCAGCUGCUGCCGCAGCCACAGACGCGCCAGCAGCAGCAGCAGCAGCAGCUGCUGCUGCUGCUGCGCAAGCAGCAGCUACAGCAGAAGGUCCUGAAGCCUCAGGAGCGAGGAGUGCUGCGGGAGGAACGGCCACUGGCGAUCGCAUUACCUUUGCAGGCGUUCUGAGCAGCAGCGAUCGCGCCUUAUUCGAGUCACUCAAGCGGUGUGUGCUCCAGCGGCACCCCUCUCUGCUGUCUUUGGAUAACAGAUCAUUGGUAGCAAAAGUCAACAGCAAGACGAAGCUGCCUGUACUGUGGAUUCGAGCAGAUCCUUAUCAGGCGUGGCCUGCCAGAAUCCGUCGCUGCCAGAGUGGCUCCAUGUGGGAGCAGCAGAUGCUGUCGGAAACUUCGGUUGCUUCCCAGCUGGAAGCUGCGACUGCGUUGGGCUCUCUUCUUCCAGUAGCUGAGCCUCAUGGGGGACUAAGUGGAGAGGAUCCUGUGGCAGCGCAUGCAAUUAAGGCCCUCAGCACCGCCAUGGCUGCUCACAGAUCUCACCCCUUUCUGAGGGCACGUGCAGCGUAUGCACUUUGCAGACUGCAAAACGCAUGCAGCGAAGAGAGCUCUGAGGCGUGGAAUGCCAUCGCCAGAUACAUUGCGUCAUUUCAUAGCGAAGCCGUGCUCGAGGCUGACGUGAACGAAGUCGUUUCGCCUCCACCCCCCUUAGAGGCCUUGGCGUCGGGGGACGGAGACUUCAGUGCAGCAGCAGCAGCAGCAGCAGCAGCAGCAGCAGCAGCAGCAGCAGCAGCAGUUGCCACUGCCUCAGGACAGCCUGCAGCGGGAGGAAGCCAGGGGAAAGGCACUCAAGGAGAGGCUUUGCGGCUGUCAGAUUACGCCUGCACUGGACCUGAGAGUCGCUUUUUGCGGCACUUCUACGCGGCAGCUUCCCUCGUCAGAGACUCUAAAGGACUAUCUCCCCCUGCGGCUAUAGAUUUCCUGCUGCAGCCGCUGCAGCAAAUGGAAGUCGCAUCAUCUGCAUCCGACAUCUCGACCCUCAUGUCUCUAGGCGCCUCAGUAGUGGACUGUCUAGGCAGCGUUUCUGCUGAUGCGACUCUGCAGACUGGCUAUCUGCUGCCUUCCGCUGGCAGUGUGGAUGGCAAUAGGAAUAUCAAGGGACUGUCUUCUGUGUUUACCGCGCAACCCCCCCCUUUUGGCCCUUCUUGCGGCUGCUCGUGUGCGGCGAUGGUGGACGCGGAUUUUUCCGCCGCAUUUGGAGCAGACGAAAGCGGAGGGAGGGGAGGCGUGAGAGAGAGCAUGAUGAGCGAUGCGGCGUGGGAAGUGUUUGUCCUUUCGAACUGCCGCGGGCUGAAGAUGGCUUGGAUAGACGCUUGGCGUCUCUUCCGACUAGACACAGUCAAGGCUCUCGCUUCCCCCCGAAAGGAGAUGACGUGUGGCUUUCUACGCGCUAUUAGCCGCAAUGCUGUUUUACGGGAUUUGACACGUCGGAGAUUCGUUGGGGGCACUGGAGAAAGCACCUCAGAUGCCACUUACGCGCUCUCAGAGGCUGGCAGUAGCGCCGUGGGGGGGAGGAAACAACCCUUGGUGCUAGAUGUGGUCAAGACUGGCUUUUCGCCGCAGCCUCAGACCUCACCGCUUGCGGAGUGGCAUGCAGAAUUUGAAGUGCCUUUCGACUUCCUGCAUUUCAUGGGGUGCCCCCUGCAACGCGAAUUCCUCGAGAGCAUAGCGCCUGCGGCAGCCGAAGUGCUGCUUGCCUACGACAGCUCUCUGGUGCAAAGGGAAGCCCGUGCAGCCUUGCUGAAGGUUUGCUGCGAGGGAGCCGUCCGCGUGUACAGAGUGCCAGUUUUCCAAAAUGCAGCAGCAGCAAAAGGAAGCGCUAGGAGGCAGCCUCCCCCUCAGCAACAACAGAACCAGCAACAAAAACACCAGCAGGAAAAAAAACAGCCGUGGUGCCUCAUUUCAAAGUUCGUGACGCCUGAAGAACAAGUCUUGAGAGCGCAGGUUGGCGUUGGCAUCUACACGGCGCUGCAAGUGGCUGUCUGCUUAGACACCCCUGUGGGAGAUCCGCAGGGGUGUCUUUGGGCAAGUUUGCUGCAGCUGUUGCAGGAGCUUAGGAUUGCGAAUCCGAUGCUCUUUCUUCCCUUCUCCGCGCAUGCGCCAGGCCUCUUGCUCCCCGAGAAGGGGGAGAUCAAGUCGAAAGCAGAAAACAGCAAAGAAAAACUGCUGCAGCACAAGGAUCAGCAGCAUAAGCAGCAUCAGCAGCAUUUCAAGCAUGAGCACACUCUCGAGCAGCAGCCUCAAGUGUGCUGUUUGCUCGGGUGCCUUGGCAGCCACUGCGACGUUAGCCCUCCCCCGUCUGCCUCGGCCGUAGCGCUGCACAAUCAUCUUGUGGCUGUGGGGUGUUUUGUUGCUCGUGCAUGCAACACUUUGUUGCACUGUCACAUGCAGCAGCAGCUGCAGCGCCUGCAGCUGACAGCCAGUGCGUCGUCAAGUUUGCAGCAUCUCUCUCAAGUUCGCAGUUUUCUCUUCGGUGUGGGAACAGCGCCUUGCUGGCUGCCGUUACAAAGAGAACUUGCUGCCUCCCUCUGCAGGAGGCGCUCCUGCGCAGCAGCGACUUCUGCCCCUUUCGAUCCGGGAGCAGCUGCAGGGGCAGCCGCUUUUGCUGCAUGCGCUGCGCCUGAUAUCUGUGUGCCUCCCCAAACAGCAGCAGUGCUUCCCCCCCCGCUUCCGCUUCGCUUCCCUUCGUCCGCAGUGGCAGCAGCUCCUCCGCUUCACGGCAAGGGCGGGAGGCUCGUGGUACAUGCGCCAUGCGUGUCUGUGAUAUCGGGGUACUUGACGUUUCCUCGCAGCGGAAGUCGCCAGCAGAAGAUGUGGCGAUUCAAACGCAAGUACAUCGACAGAGCAGAUCCUGGCUGCGACUGGGUAGCCGUUGCUCUCGACGCAGUAGCUGCACUUCUGGAGUUGCCAGAGGCUGCCUGGUUCUCCCCCGAUCCGGAGACUACGGCUGUUGGAUACAGAUCCGUGAUUGCGGAGCCCAUGUGGCUGCGGAAAGUGCAAGCGAGACUCAAGGCAGACUUGUAUGCCCUCCCCUACCACUUCAAGCAGGAUGUUGCCCUCAUCUUCAAGAACGCAAGACACUUCAACGCGCCUCACGACAGAGCCUACAGGGACUGCUGCGUGUUGGAACAAAAAUUCAAUGCGCUGUGGGCUCCCAUCAACGCAGCCUUCCAGAGAGCUGCGCGGUACAAGCGGCAGCAGCAGCAGCAGCAGUCUCAGCAAGCCACGCACCAACAGCAGACGCCGCAAGAAGAAACGGCUCAGAGUCAUGAGGAACUCCCCAAUUCCGAAAAGACAAGAAUUCGUGCCGCUCUCAACUGA